UUGAAAGUAAACGUGUUGAAUGACAGAAUGCCCUGCGGGGAUUGGAUAGUAGGAAUAAUCUUCUUGUCACAGACCAUAGUUGGAAUUGUGGACAAUUUCUCUCUUCUUUACCAUUACCUGUUCGUUUACCUCACAGAACGCAGGGUGAGGUCCACCCAUUUGAUUCUCAAGCACCUGACUAUAGCCAACUCCUUGGUCAUUCUCUCUAAAGGAGUCCCCCAGACCAUGGCAUCUUUUGGGUUGAAACAUUUUUUCAGUGAGUUUGGAUGCAAACUUAUUUUGUAUCUUCAGAGAGUGGGCAGGGGAAUGUCCAUUGGCAGCACCUUCCUCUUGAGUGUCUUCCAGACCAUCACAAUCAGCCCCAUGAACUCCUGUUGGAAGGAUCUUAAAGUCAAAGCCCCAAAAUCUGUUGGCUUCUCCAUUUACCUCUGUUGGAUCCAGUUCAUGCUUAUAAAUUUAGUUUUUCCUCUGUUAUUUGUGCCUAGCAACUGGAGCAUGAAAAACUUCACAAAGAAAGGAGAUUUGGGGUAUUGUCUUGCUGUAGGUCAUGACACAAUCACCGUUACCGUGUAUGCAGCGUUGAUAGUAUUUCCUGAAGCUUCAUUUUGUGUGCUCACAAUCUGUACCAGUGGCUGCAUGAUCUUCAUCCUGCACAGACACAAGCAGCAGGUCCAGCACAUUCACAGCACUAAUGUCUCCCCCAGAUCCUCUGCUGAGACAAGAGCCACCCAGAGCAUCCUCAUCCUGUUGAGCACCUUUGUGUCUUUCUACUUCCUCUCCUCCAUCUUUCAUGUUAGCAUUGCUCUUAAUUAUAAUCCCAGCUGGUGGCUGGUGAACACUGCUGCCAUGAUUUCUCUGUGUUUUCCAGCUGUCUGCCCCUCUCUGCUUAUGGGCCAGGUCUCUGCUAUACCCAGAGGCUGCUUUGCAUGGAUAACGAAUAUAAAAUUUCCUACUCUUAUCAGAAAUAUGUUAAGUGAAUGUUUUUGCACCAUAUUUAGUUCUUGA